UAGUCUGUAGAAAUAUCAUCUACUAGAUCUAGAAUCUACUAGAAUCUUUAAAUCUAGAUCUAGAAUCUAUAACUAUAGAUAUCUACACCAUAUCUAGAUAUAGUACUAGAAUCUAGAUCUGUCUACUAGUACUAGACUAGAUCAGUAGAUGGUCACGGUGGCGGUCUGUCUCUACUAGUCAACUACUACUCUACUCUAGUCUAGACUUUCUAGAGUCAGUUACUCAGUAGAGACAAACACUUGUCUUCAAACAGCAGUAAAUGAGUAGAGUCUAGUUACUAGUAGACCGUUACUUCAAAAAAGAAGUUCCUACGCAUCAUGUGUCAAUCUAGUUAUGCAUGCUAAUUAAUGUUUUAAAUAACUUAAACUCUGCUAUGUUGUUGGCUUUCCUGGCUGAUAAAGAUUACUUAUCCUGAGCAGAAGGAGUACUUGUUUUGUAACAUUUGGAAUUUUAACAGCAGCUUGUGCCACUUAGUUGACUUAGGCUCUAACUCUACUCUACCACUAGAACUUGAUCUAGAGUCUAGAUUCUAGUAAUGGCUGCAAUACAGGCUCUGAGAGGAAAUUUUUCUAACCAAGUUCAAGGCACUACUCUUUUUAUAUCCAGUGAACCAUAUGUAAGAGAGCUUGCUCCGCAUGAAGUUUUAGUGAAGAUCAAGGCUUGUGCAGUUGAUAUUCAGAAGGAAAAGACUUAUUGUCAGAUUCUUUCAUCAUCUACUAAAAAUUGUCCAAUCGGUCAUGAAGUCUCUGGUGAAAUACUUAAAGUGGGACCUCUUGUUGAAGAUAUUUAUAAAGAAGGUACAUCUGUAGUUGGUAUUCUACCAUAUGAUAGUAAUUUAUCUGGUUGUGCUGACCUCUGUAUACUUCAUCAGUAUGAUCUAGUGGAAAAGCCUUCCAGCCUCAGCCAUGAAGUUGCAGCAGCAGUUGUGGGCACAGGACUAGCAGCCUAUACUGCAAUUCAUUAUCUUGGUCAUGUGACUGCUGGUGAUACUGUUCUUGUAAUUGAUGGAGCUUCUCCACAAGGAUAUCUCACUAUCCAAGUGGCUCAGUUAUGGGGUGCAAAGGUUUUAACAACAUACAAAACUUUAGCAGACAGACAGUUUAUAGAAAGCUUAAAACCACCUGUAGCUCAGAUCAUAGAACUAACACAGCGUUCAAGCAUCAUGUCAAGUUCUGUAGCUGAAGAAACAGGGGGAAUGGGUGUGGACUGUGUAGUUGACAAUGGAGUUCGCAUGUUUACCAGUGAAGAAGACAUUGAUUUGAUGGAUGAGAGAUUGUUACGUUCAGUACCACACAAAUCUGACAUUAUAGCUUGUCUUGGGUUUUCUGGGAAAUGGAUUACCUCACAAUCCAAUUUACAGUUGGAUCCACCAAAUAGUGAGCAGCUUUUUCUUAGAGGUGCUUCUGUUUCAUUCCUUUUUCCUCCAGCAUGGACAUUAACUAGAGCACAGCAUGGUCGAUAUCAUCAUGUUUUAAAAGACUUAAUGGAACGUGUUGUUGCUGGACUUAUAAAAUGUAGUAACAUUAUCUCUACACCAAUACAGUAUGCACCCGAUGUAUUGAUGCAAAAGGACUUGGAUUCCACCAAAAGCUAUAUUAUAACUUUUUGAUCUAUUAUAUGAAUGCAUUUUUAUUUAUAAUUAUGUGCAAAAGAAAUGUUUUAUUUCACAGUGAUUUCUGUUUCAUUGUUUAAUCUAUGUAAUUUAUUUAUUUUUAAUAUGAUUUCAUCUAAAUAUUUUUUUUUUAGAGAUUUGUUCAGUUUGUCUAAAUAUUUGUUUAGUGGCAGAAAUAAUGAAAUUUUCUUGUUUAUCAAUGUGCUGUUUAAAACCUUAUCAAUAAAAGUAUUGAAAAUAUUUA